AUGCCCGAAGAAGAGAUUCCACUGGACGAUGGUCAUCGUCCUGCAUCGUCGUCUUCGUCCGGACCACGUUCGAGGCAGCCUUCGAUCGGUGACACACACGACGUUAACGGAGGCGAUGGUGGUGGCGGUGGACAUUUUGUGGCAAUACGCAACAUGUUAAAUGCAUCGAGGAACCGUCCGGUGGCCCGGAUAGCUCCACUGGAACCGUCCUUUGUACCGGCUCCCCAGCGUUACUAUCCGAUCGUCAUACCAGCAGAGCCCACGAUCGAGGAGUUGCUGCGCCAUGCAGCGGGAACACAAGAUUUAUCAACCGUAACCGAAAUCAAGCUGAAGGUCAUUUCCCACCUGACGAGUCUGCAACGAAUACCGUGCUUUAUACCCCACCUGCGCUCUCUCAUCCUGGAAGGGAGCAUAGUGCUGACGUUACGUGAUCUGGGCUGCGAUAUGACCUCACUACGCUAUCUGAACGUGUCUCGGUGUAGCCUGAAGCAUCUGGACGGUACCACCGGUCUCGAAUCGCUGGAGGAGCUCGUGGCCGAUUACAAUCUGAUUGAGGAAGUUGGUCCGUGCACCAAUCUGAUCAACAUUAAGAAAAUCAGCCUCAAAGGGUACGUUCUAGGUUGGUUAAACGUGUCACUUUCCCCGACUUGCCUUCUAUAUUGUACUUCCAGGAACCGGAUAACGGAUCUCGGUAGCGUUACCUUUCUGGCCCUUUGCGAAAAGCUCGAGACGCUGGACCUGCGAGAGAACUUUGUCGCCGAGUGUCCCACCUUCCGGCCUAUGCUGAAGACCAACAUUCCACAGUUGCGCUGCCUUAACGAGACACCGUUCAGUGACGUGGGUCGCGAUGAAGAGACGGAUCUGUCGAGCUCCGAGUAUCGCUCGUCGAGUUCGGGUAGCCUGGAGGAAGGACAGCGUGAACGUUGGGAGGUUACGGGAUUGGGUGAGCGUCCCCAUGGACCACCGGCACACAACCACUCGUCACGUCGCCCAACAACGGCUUCAAUCGAACGUCGUGUAACGGUGGAACUUCGUGACCAGGAACGUCCUUCAACCGCAGAUCCUGUUAAGAUAAAGGCACAGCUAACGUCCGGUGAACCAGUCGUUGGAAGUAUCGUCACUAAGGCACGCCGCCGACGCCGACAGCGUACGGCCUGGGGUGAAUCGACCUCCUGCUCCAGUGUCAGCAGUUCGGAUUCGUCCUUUUCGAAAGAGUUCCCCGAACGGUUGCCACAGAAGGCGGUCGACCUGGAGCUCGGUGUGAUCGGUAUGCGCCACAGUCAGCAAUCGCAUUCUGGUGGCCAAGCCCGACCGACUGGGCAACGACCUUCGGAACCGGAACCCGACACCGGCACGCCAGAUGAUCCGCAGAGUUUGUUGCGUGCGGCACGAUUAUGGCGUCAGCGAUCGGUGCAAACGCGUGAAACGAUUCGUGAGCAGGAACAGUUACUAGUGCUCCGCCAGCUGACCGAUGAGGAUUAG